CCGGGCCCUCGUGGCUGGCUCUAUUCCUCCCAACCCGGACACAUGAUAUACCGGUAUGUACACUUCUCCCCCUGGUUCAUUCCCCCCGCUUCUUGCUGUCCUUGCUUCCCGCAGGCAGGCGGCAGUGUAACCCAGCAGAGCCCGAGGCGAGGAGGAGGAGGAGGAGGGACGCCAUUGCGUUGCUAUGAGGUGACUCCCGCCCUCCAUACUCUCCUCCCCCUCCAGCCACGGACUGACUCGCUCUGUGGUGGCGGUGGCGGCGCUGCUGCUGCCUGCCUGCCUUCCUCGCCGGUGACUGGGGCGGCUCACGCGCUUUCUUAUUUAUUGAGGGAAGCGGGGGGAGGGGUGCGGGGAGAAGAACAUGAAGGCGGCGGGCAACGGGCAGCCGCGGCGGCAACAGCAGCAGCAGCUGAGGUGAAGCGAAGCGAGGCGGCGAAGGCAGAGGGCGAAGAGGGCAGCGAGCGCGGCCGGUCAUCUCCUUUUCGUUGUUAUUAUUAUUAUCAUUCGGCUCCCCGCAGAGGGAAUGGCUCACGGCGGGGCCGCGGGAAGCGACGAGCCCUUGCCGGGCACCUCCGGCCGCAGAGACGGCGGCGGCGACGACGAAGGCCGGUCUCUGGCGGCGGCGCUGGCGAUGCGGGACGCGCUGUCUCUGGAGGAGAUCCUGCGGCUCUACAACCAGCCCAUCAACGAGGAGCAGGCGUGGGCCGUCUGCUACCAGUGCUGCGGCUCCCUCCGCUCCCGAGGCCGCCGCGGGGAGUCUCCCAGCCGCAGGGUGGAGAGCCCCGCCGACAUCCGCAUCUGGAAGGACGGAGCCGUCACGCUGGGCGACGGCGCUCGGAGCCCGCCGGCAGCAGGUAAAUCAGAACAUUUACGCUGUCCAGAAACAGAGGUAAUAGAAUCAUUGGGAAUUAUUAUUUAUAAAGCACUGGACUAUGGCUUGAAAGAGAAUGAAGAGCGAGAGCUAAGCCCCCCCUUGGAACAGCUUAUUGAUCAUAUGACCAACACUGUAGAAGCAGAUGGGAGCAAAGAUGAAGGUUAUGAGGCUCUGGAUGAAGGAGUAGAAGAAGAAAAUGACAAGGGAGACGUUGAAGUUAUACAAUCUUAUCGAGAUGUCAUGAAGCUCUGUGCUGCUCAUCUGCCAACUCGAUCAGAUGCACCAAAUCACUAUCAAGCAGUGUGCCGGGCACUAUUUGCAGAAACAAUGGAGCUGUACACAUUCUUGGCCAGAAUUAAAAGUGCAAGAGAGAAUUUGAAGAAGAUGCAGGAAAUGGACAGAGAAGGAACUGAUGACUCCAGCGCUGAUCUUGAUGAUUUAAAAACUGCUGAUUGGGCUCAGUUUUGGGUGCAGGUCAUGCGAGACUUGCGAGAUGGUGUGAAACUGAAGAAAGUUAAAGAACGUCAGUUCAAUCCUCUUCCCAUAGAGUAUCAGCUCACUCCGUAUGAGAUGCUGAUGGAUGAUAUUCGAUCCAAACGCUAUACUUUAAGGAAAGUUAUGGUCAAUGGGGAUAUCCCUCCACGAUUAAAAAAGAGUGCUCAUGAUAUUAUCUUGGACUUUAUCCGAUCUCGACCUCCAUUAAAUCCAGCCUCUGCAAGAAAACUAAAACCAACCCCACCAAGACCACGUAGCCUCCAUGAAAGAAUACUAGAAGAAAUCAAGUCUGAAAGAAAACUGAGACCCGUCUCUCCUGAUGAGAUCAGGCGCAGCAGGCUAGAUGUAUCAACACCAGAGGCCUCCAAAAAUCUUUCAGAAAGCUGUCAGAAUGGCAGCUUUUCAUCAGAAGCAAAGGUGAAUGGCAUUGGUGCUACUAAGUUGACAGUACAACGGAAGAGACUUUUGAAAGCUCCCACUUUGGCUGAACUGGAUAGCUCAGAUUCAGAGGAGGAUUAUGUACGGAAAUCACCCAGCAGCAGUAGUAUUUCUCCCUCCCAAAUGGAAGAUACAUUUCCAGAAACCAUAUCUGGGAAAAAGGUGCCUCCGAAAUUCUUGCCAAUAUCAUCCACACCACAGCCAGAGAGGAGACAGCCACCUCAGAGGCGACAUUCCAUUGAAAAGGAAACACCAACCAAUGUUCGACAGUUCCUGCCACCUACAAAGCAGAGCUCCAGAUCACUUGAGCACCCCCUAUUUCUGUUCUUGUUUGGCCUUAUGAGAAUGAGAAGGCUUCUUGUUCCCAGGAUAACAGGUUUAUUUCCAAGGAUGACGCUCAAAACACUUUUCCCAGCCAUACAUACAGCCUCUCAGCUUAGCUCCCAUCCCUUUGAAGCAGCCUUAUUUGGGGUGGCAAGGACUAUAUAUUAUCUUUGUGAGAGAGCUUUUAACAACAAGUGGACACUCUCAAAGGAGGAGUUUUGUUACCCAGUGGAAUGCCUGGCUCUUACAGUGGAAGAAGUAAUGCACAUCCGUCAAGUGUUAGUGAAGGCCGAGCUAGAGAAGUACCAGCAGUAUAAAGAUGUCUAUACUGCCCUCAAGAAAGGAAAGCUCUGUUUUUGUUGCCGAACAAGGAGGUUUUCUUUCUUCACCUGGUCCUAUACCUGUCAGUUUUGUAAAAGGCCUGUAUGCUCACAGUGUUGCAAGAAGAUGCGCCUGCCAUCAAAGCCAUAUUCUACACUUCCCAUCUUUUCUCUGGGACCUUCGGCUUUACAGAAAGGAGAGAGUUUUAUGAGGCCAGAUAAACCUUCCACUAGCCAUCACCGGUCCCUUAGGGGCAUGCCAAGGUUAUCCUCAAAGUCCAAGUCUGUAGAUAAAUCAGAUGAAGAAGCACUAUUUCCAAAAGAGCUAAUGGAGGACUGGAGCACCAUGGAAGUGUGUGUGGACUGCAAAAAGUUCAUUUCGGAAAUCAUCAAUUCAAGCCGCCGCAGCCUCUCCCUGGCUAACAAGCGAGCCAGAUUAAAAAGGAAAACCCAGUCGUUCUACAUGUCCUCCCCAGGCACCUCGGAGUAUUGCCCUUCUGAGAGGACUAUCAAUGAGAUCUGAGCUGUGUGCCUUUCUCUUUGCUUUGUAUUCAUGAAGUCUUGAGAGAACUCGGUGAAACCAGAAUGUCUUUUUUCCUUUGUUCCACCCGACAGCUUACAUUUGCAUUAGAUCACUGGUUUUGCCACUCCAUAAUUUAUACACAAAGAGAAAGUAAGAAAUUGGGCUAUGCAGCAGGUCAGUAGAUAAAACUGUUUGCACAGGAAGAAAAUGUCUGUUUGAAAUUGUUGCCUUUUUGUAUGUGGCACAGUGUACAAAGAGCGCCUUUACUUGCAUUAUUUUCCCCAGUGUUCAUUCCUUCGAUAAUUUUCAAGAAAAGAGUCAAAAUAUAGUUACGGAACUACACAAUGGUGUUAGCACAGUUGUAAUUAUCGAACUAUGCUGGCAUUUACUACCAACUAACAUUUACAUUUCAGUCUUUGUGGCACACAAGCCCAUGCUUGUACAGAAAAUUGACAGGGGCCAUGGCUCUUAAUGCCUUAUGGUAUAGCACAAAGCUUUAAAGGAUGUGCUCAGCAUGGUCGAUCAGUCCAAACUAGAUAGUUUAUACUGUCUGGGUUCUAGAAUAAAAUAUUGAAUAAGCUAAGAAGCCUGGAUUGGGUAACUAUUUCCUGCAGCUGCUACUUGUUCCAGUAUAAUGAUAAGUGUGUUAUGUCUAAAGUAAUAGCAGUUUCUUCCCUAUCUUGAAUGUAUUCUGAAUGUUAGUUGCAGUAGUUGUUAGUUGUAGCUUUUAGACAUAAGCAAAAUACUCUCUAUGGAGGGGAUGCAAGAUAAGUGCAACUUUUUAAUAUUAAUGAGUUUUUUGUAAAAUUAAGAACAUUCUCUGGGUGACAAUCCUGAGAAAAUAGAUCAUAUGUAUAUUUGUAUUAUAGUAGAACACCUAAGUACUGCUAUAAUUAAGGGUCUGGAAGCAUAUCCAUUAUAAGCCCCAUUUUUACAGGGGUUUGUAUCUUGGCUGUAAAGAAAUUUUGUACCCUGCAAAAAUUUGAGGCAGGAGUGUCUCAGAUUGAGAGGUAGGUUUUUUUUAAGGUUUGGAGAAACACUGUCUAGCUGUUUUGAAGUUCCAGGAAUAUUACCAAACAUCACAUUUUUGCACUCUUUUAUAUUCUGAUUUUUAAACGUAAACAAACUGGGGCUUAGUGUAGAGUGUGCAGCUAGGUUGUUUUUAUAUUUAUAACAGCACAGUUAUAAAUAUUUGCAAAUCAUCCAGUGGACAGGAACAAUAAUCCUUUCACGUUUUUAAUGGCUAGGUCCAUAUUUAAUAUCAGCAUUCAGUAUAUGAUAGGAAGGAUUCAUAUAUUUGAAUUUUCAUUUUCGCUUUUUAGGUUGAUGAGAGACAUCUCAGUUCACUUCCAAAAUAAGCAGAAUCUGCUUUAAUGCAACCUCUAUCCAGACAUUUUUUAAAUGAAAAUACGCUGAGAAAUGAAUCUUAUCUUCCAAGAAAACCAAAACAUUAGAGGCCAAGAAAUAGAGCUACUAUGUAAAGACUAAAAGCCUGAUAUUGCUGCUCUAAUAUCUGAAAUUUAACUAACUGCACAAGCACAAAUGUUUGGGGUCUUAGGAUGCAAUGGGGUCUCUGGUCCAAUUAUUCUUAAGCAACUCAGCCAAGACAGUGGGACUACUCUAUUUUCAUUGGAUAAACAAAUGUAGGCCGUGUCUACACUACAGACAAUUGGCACAAUUGAGGAAUUCUCACUGGCAAAAUAAAACACUCCUACAGGGAAAGCCACAAGAGUUCCACCAAUGGACAUAACCCAUGGUCAAUAACAGCAGAAGUUAAAUUUCACUUUGUUAAUUGACAUGAUAAAAUUGCAUUGUGAUGACAUCAGACCGAGAAGUAUUGUUAGACUAUAGUCUUUUUUUCCAUUAAUCAGCUUGGAAAAAAUGGACUGAAAGCACCUAUUCCUUUUAUAUUUUGCUACAUUUUAUUAAUAAAUGCCACAAAUUGUGUGGAAGCAAAGGGGGUCACCUCACAGCUCACAAAGGCAUCAGCAAUAGCUCCCAGUAAGGUGAGGUAUCAGCUAGGAGAUUCUCACCCUUCCAGGUUUUCUAUGUCAUCUCUUCUCCUUCCAUGCAGCUAACCUGCUCUAUUUCCUCAAUCUGGGGUCUAGAACCGGUUGUCUAGCUACUUUUCUAGAGAAAUAAGGUGUAUUCUGAUAUGUGCCUGGACACACAAAUGCAUCUCUGGAUGGAAAGCCUGCUCCCAACAACCCCAUCUAUAUCAGCCCACACGCUCAGUCUCCAGCCUUUCCCAGGUAGAGCAGGGUACCCAAUCAUGCAUGAUGCUCUACUCACGUUUAAGGGAAUGCAAGUACUAUGCCCUUAUAGACCUAUCCUGCUCAACGUGGGGAAGUUUUGGAACAAAUGUGUGGGGCAGGGCUUGCAUGUGUGCUAUCUCCUGCCUACAGAUAGAGUUCACGUGUUCAGACAAAUGCCUGAAUUCUCUUUGUAAAAUGUGGCUGGGACUCAUGUUGUCCCCUCAUUCUAUUAAAUGUUCUUUAGAUUUUCUAGGCUCUUUAUUAGUAUUACACACAUGAACUUUGGUGCUCCUAUGGGUCCAGUCAAAUUACAGGGAGUGAAGUGGGGAUCUUUCUGGUAGAGGGCCCCUCAAAUUCUAAGGUGAGGGGUUUGAGGUUGAAGUGCUGACAGUAUGACUCACCUUGAAUGCCAGUGAUAUAAGCGGAGGCUACUUACUUGUCUCAAUAAUUUUAUCCUUGCACACAGACAACACAAUUCCUUCUUUCUUUCCCUUUGACAAUGCACUUACAGCUACAUGCAGCAUUCGAUCUUAAUAGCAAGCUCGAUAUUUUUCAGUCACCACUUUCCAAGUGCCCUUUGCCUUUCUCAUUUCCUCUUUGACUCUUUCUGUCAGGAUGAAGGAAAUUUGCUGGCCUUUAAUUUGGGGGAGGAAGUUCCACAAAGUUGUUGUUUGAAGCCUGAGGGGAAACUUGGUUCCUUGAGCGUUGUGUUGUGUGACAUAACAUUCUUGUCACCUUGCCAUUAAUAUUCCACCUGUGGUCCAAGUAAUAAGGAUAGUCACUCUGUUUCUCCAUAUCACAGGAAGCUGCCUGUAACGUGAAGCUUUUUGGUGCCCUACUCUGUUUCAAAAUAGUCAUAUCAACUUGUAAAUAUGUGUAAAAUAUAUUAACUUCGGAGAACCACCACUCUUUGUAGUGAGAAUCAACCUUCUCAUGAAGAGUGAAGAGGAAAUUUAAAAUAAGCUAAAUGAGUCAACUUCUGUGUUAUCAGAAAUCAUACCAAUGUUUAAAUGAGUUUUAAAGAGGAGAAAGGCUAUCUAGAACAGCAAUCUUGGCACCAUAAGAACUUUAAAGCAUUUAUUUUUCUAAUUACUAAUAAAUCUAGGAAGUACCCCAAGUGUAUUGUAGAAAACCUGCAUCCAGUAAAAUGAUUGUGUGUUUUGUACAUGAAAAUAUUUUGUGGGAAAUUCCAAGCUAGCUCCGCUCUGCAGAAGGUGGCGACAAAGCCUUUGCAAUGCCUUGGUGUGCAGACAGAACUUUUAUGCAUCCCUGGUGACAAUGUUACUCUAUUAUUAUUUUGGUUGAAAUCCUUUAUUUAAAUAUGAAAUAUGAGGAAAAUAAAAACACCUUUCUGUCAUAGCUUUUGUCUGUGUUAAUAAUUUGUUAUAACUCUGUACAAUAUUUGAAAAGAAUAUUUUAGUACUUGCUUGGGCUGCAUGAAAGGAAGAAAAUCUGUCAGAUGUAUCUGAAGAAUAGCAAUAAAGCAAUUUUGAAAGGC